UGUAUAAUUUUUGCAACUAGACAUACAUAUCAGAGCUCAAAAAUGAGCAAUUUCUUGCCAACUGCGUCAUCUGACUUUUAUUUUAUACGAUCAAACGUCGACCUUAACACGCCGAUGGGGACUGGAGAUUUGGUGAGGAUAUUCAACGAUUUUUUGGUUACCUCGACUAAUUUGUUGGACUCAUUCUGUUCAAAAUUUGAGGAUAAUGUUAUUGCUUUGGAGGCUAGAAUAGAUUCCGUUGAAAGGUAUUUACUUCUCUUAGAGCACAAACUGGCUCAUGUUUCAUUGGAUGCAACACAAGACGCUUGUUACGUAGAGACCAAAGAUGAAAAUAAAAAGUCUGCAAAUUUCGAUGAAUUGCUAGACCUCAAUGAAAAUCAGAAACUUAACGAGUCAUUAAAGAUAAAAGAAGAUCAGCAACCCGAUGAGCCAUUAAAUAAUAACAGAGAAAAUGAGACAAAAGCUAAGGAUCAUCCUGUAUUUGGAAAGUACUUUCGAAUGUUGAAAAUGGGGGUUCCCGAGGCUGCUGUAAAACAGAAGAUGCAAUCGGAAGGAGUAGAUCCUGAAAUUUUGAGUGUGCCCGAUAAAAUUUUCAAUACAAAUUAG